UUCGAAUUUGGAAAAAGUACUAGAUGUGAGCUUGGCUUAAAUUAUCUUUGGAAAAUCAACGUAAAACGGCACAAUCAUAUCAGACCAUGCUUGCAAGUCAUAAAAUGGAUCGAGAAAAAUAUAAUCGUAUUCGAGAGAGAUCUGACAAGAUUAGUUCGUUGAUGGGGCAGUAUUUACUUCGAGGAUAUCGUAUGCUGGGAGCGUGCUGUGAGAAAUGUGAUACUGUAUUGUUGAAGUUUCGCGAUGAACCAGAGUACUGUAUUGGAUGUCAAGAGGUCGAUGUCAGAAUGAAUGAUGUUCAAAAAGAAGCACYACAACCUGUAAUUGAAUCUCCUAAAGCCUCAAGCAUUCCUGUAGAACGUGCAUUUAACUCAGAAGAUCAACUCAAAGAAAAAAAUCACUCAACAGACAUUGCAAUGCAAUCAAAAUCAAUAACAACUGCAAUCAGCAGUCUUGAUGAGAAGAUUCUUUGGGCAAGCAAUGCGCUGAAGAACUGCUCCUCAGUAGAGGAAUCAAUUCGCUACUGUGAACUCUUGAAAUCUUGUGCAGAAGCUAUCAAAGCACUAAGGGACACAGAGUCRAUUUAAUCAACGAUAAAGGCAGUGAAUCCAUAAAACAGGAUCUUGUGGCAACUGAGUAAUAAUUUGGGCUUCCUGUGUCCAUAGGAUGAGAGGAAAUGAGGAGAGGUUGUAAAAGGAAAUCAUUUCCAGACCCCACAAGACCUAAUACUCAUGAUAAUGAAAUACAACAAUAAAGUUUCUUUUUACAGUUUCAUAAUUAGCCAUAAAAUAGAAACUUUUGAAUUAUUUACAAUAUUUACAAUAAUACUAAUUUAUACAGAACAAUACAUUUGUUGAAAUGUUAUAAUAUUAUUAUUUUGUGAGUGCUGACUGCUGACAUUUUAAAAUAUACUAUAAGAAUUUUUUCUACUCCAAGCAGUCUUCAAUCACUUGAAGUGGGAAAUGUGAUAAGAUGGGAAAACUUGACGUGCAGAGGGUAGUGAGAAAAUUGGGUUGGAGUGAUUUACAUGAGCUUUGCCACAUGUGAGUUUGUUGUCUGAAAUUAGCUUGAGUUCAUCAAUAGUCUCUUUUAAACUGUCCUAUGGCUGUAUCUUUGCAACAUGAGAUGAUUUGUGAGCUUGCAAUGUUAGAUAUCUUUAUCAUUAUAAGCUUGCCGGCACUCUUGUUACAAAAGUACAGCCACCAUGGAUGGUGCAGUGAUCUCCUAAAUACAUAGACACCAUGUAAUGCAAACUGGUUUCAGUAUGCAAGUAGUUCUAAUUUAUUAGCCCUCCAUAUAAGAAGGACUGGCGUAGAUAAAUAAGACGUUGCAAAUUAUGUGACAGAGUGCUGGUAUAUUGUAAAUAUAUAAGGCUGUCUGAUCACCAUAAAUAAAAUUUGUAUUCUCCACGCG